AUGGAGCAUUUAACUAACUUUUAUAAUACUAUUUUGAAAUCUUCACAUCCAAUACUUUUAGGGCUCCAUCUAUCCGCUAAAGCUGCACCUAUUGUAUUUUAUAUAGUUGGAUCUUUAUUCCUAGGUUUCACUGCUCAAUUCAUUUGUAUCGUACUGCUGUUGGCGUUCGAUUUUUAUCUAACCAAAAAUAUAAGUGGAAGAAAAUUAGUACAGUUACGUUGGUGGUAUGAUUCUACUUUAACUAAUAAGGAAACUUUUAAAUUUGAGUCAUUUAAAGAAUAUGCUCCUUCUCUGGGUCCUCCAAUUAACCCUAUUGAUUCCAAAUUAUUUUGGUGGUCGAUGUAUUUAACUCCUGUAGUAUGGAUCGUUUUUGGUAUACUUUGUCUAUUAAGACUUAAAUUGUUCUAUUUGAUAUUAGUCAUUGUCGCCAUCAUGUUAACUGGUUGGAAUACAUAUGGAUUCCGUUGUUGUGAUAAGUGGGAUCCAUCAAAAAGUACUGAAGAGGCAAAUAGUUGGUUCCAAUUACCUGCUCUCCCAGGUUUGGAUAAUAUACAGAGGUUAGCAAAUAUUGGAUCCUUUUUCCAACCUUCAACAGCAUCAUCUUCUUCUACGUAG